AUGGGGCCGCACAUUGUUUGGCACUGGCGAGCCUACGCCUUAGCAAACGGCAGUGAAUCACACCUAACACCACAAAACAGACUCCAGCAUAAGGAUCGCACCUGUUUGCAUACAUCUCUUCUUUAUAUCUCCGCCAUCUCUAGCACCCUAGAGAUGACUGAGUACUCGCCAAACGACUUGGCGGAUGUGCGCCGGCACCUCUUGCAACUCGUAUCUCGUCCGCUUCCUCCAUUUCCCGGACCGGAACCAGAUAUAGAACAAAGGCGUACCUAUGUUGAAGCCUUCCUCUCCCAAUGUUUUCCCAGAGAAAACACCGAAGACGCCAGAAAGCUUUUGUGCAAGGAUGCCACAAUCAUCGCAGCAAAACCUCUCAUUCAGGGACGGAUAACAAUAAGCACUGUCGCACGCUUUGCAUGGGAGGUCAACAAGGUCUUUUGGGAUCUUUGGUUCCUUGGAUUGCCCCAACAAUCGAAGCCUGCUUGGCCAUGGCCACGACCCCUAGUGCCCAAGUAUGCAGAGACGCUUUCGACAGUGUUUGCCAAGCUCAAACAGGAUCAUGAUCGAGACGGUGGUCUGGACAUCAAUAGGAUGUCUAUACCUGAGGAAGGAGAAUACCCAGAGGCACGAUCUCCAAACGAGUCCCCAUCAAUCCAAGUCCUGGAGUGCAAUGGCAUGCAUUACCCUCUGCCUGUCCCAACCCCAAAGCGAGAGCGACCCUUCACACUGGUUCUACCAACAGAAUUCGACUUCUGGACAUUCGUCUGGGGCCCCGAUGGCCGUGACUUCAACAAGAUCCGAGAGCGUCUCAUGGAGGAGCGUAUCGAGGUUACCUGGAGAUAUGAGGGAAUGGUGCAUGGCAGCGAGGUAGUUUUCGAGUAUCCCAUUGAUACUGGGAAACUACCCGAAGCGGCCCAUGCUCUUGUAGUUGGGCCUGUCAAUCCUCGAGGUGUGGAUGGCAGUGAACUCCAUUACAAUUAUGAGCCGAUCAGCUUGGAAGGCAUCAGCAGACUCUGGGCCGAUAUCAGAACCUACUACCUGGAAAACAUGGCGGAAGCCCAAAAGGCACGAGGAAUUCAGACGAUCCCACCCCUACCAGAGGAUUUCAAGGAAGUACAGGCCCAAAACAAAGAAGAACGAAAAGCUUGCGGGGAUGCGAUCACUGCGGUUCUCGACAACAACUACAGCAACUACAAUCCGAUGGAUGCUUGUUUUGCCCUCAGGGACUAG